AUGUCCAAUCGAGUAUGGCUGGCUCUCAACCACGGAACUCGACUUCUCAUUUUACAAGAAUGUGGAAUUACGACAGGACCCAUGGUGGAAGAGUCAGCAAAUGCGGUCAUUGAUGUUGCAUGUGAAGAUAAAUUUGGUGUCGCUUAUCCAAUCAUGCUUAGUGCUGUGGCUGCUUCUUGCCGAGUUCAUUUAAAAGUCAUUAAGGAAAUUGAACAAGGGAAACGACAAAAUUUAAGUGGUGAUGGUGUUGAUUAUUAUGAAAUGAUCAAAAAAGGACUCAAAGUACUCACAAUAUUUAGUAUUCGGUUUGGACGAGUGAACAAGUUAUACAGUCAAUUAAUAUUAGAAUUACAAGAAGUGGAACGAAAUUAUAUCAAAGCCAAACUAUGUCUGUUAGUGAAUAGUGAAAUUGAACGAUUGAAAUUAUUGAAGGCACAAUCAUGUGCCAUGACCUCACAAUCUUCUCAGAGCGUAUUGUCCUUCUUAUCCAAAGAAGAUAUUCUCUCCAUUUACUAUCUGGUACCACCUCCUUCCAUUCAGGACUCACAACAUAAAUAA